GUUGAACCGUCGACCGCGUCCAGUCAGUACGUUGUUCGCCAACGAAAACGCAACGUUUUCGCCGCAGCGGUGUUAACUAUAUACCGGACGGCCGGUGCAUCUACCGCGGUACUACCUGACCUGAGUACCUAACCGUGACUACUAGGCAAGUACUCGGUGUGUACCGUAUCCGCACGGGCUUCGGUUUCGAGGUGGCAACGGCCACUUUGCAGUCACCCCGGCCGUGUUGUCCGAACGGCCGGCCGCGGGGCGUCUGACCACAGCGCGGCGAAACUCUCGUUUUCACAUCGGCGGCGGGCGGUGGUCACAACCACGGAAAAAGCGAGGCUAGUUUCUCGAUUGUGAAAAGCCCGACGGAGCGAAGGGCUCAAGUUGUUUACCGGGCAAGCUCAACGACCGGGGACGUAAAUUAUGGCGGUCAGCCAAAAGUUGAGCCGGAAGAAGACGAUGGCCGGUGUGGUGCGCGAGACGUCCACGUUGAACAGAGUGCUGAGCACCGUCGACCUGACGGCUCUGGGCGUGGGCAGCACCAUCGGCGUCGGAGUGUACGUGUUGCCCGGGGAGCUGUCCAAAUUCGUGGCCGGACCCGCCGUGGUCGUGUCAUUUUUCAUCGCGGCAAUCGCCUCCGCGUUCGCCGGUAAAUAAUUGCACAAUAUUUGAUAAACGGUAGCAGAAAAACGUUUUUAAUUUUUAAAAAAAAAAAUAUUUGUCAACAUUUUAAACGUUGUUGAAAAAAAAAAAAAAAAAAAAAACCCGUCAACUAAAACGAUUAAAGAUUUAACUUUAGACCGACGUUUUAUUUAGAUAAUCGGAUAUUUAUCAAAAUAUCCGAAACGAGUCCGGUUUAAUCGGAAUGUAAAUAUGCUCGUAUAAGUCGUAUGAUAAUAUUUAUUAGUUUUGUAAUUCUGUUUAAAAUCCGAAUACGACUAAAACAAUUGAUAAUAGAAUAGGUACUUUGAUAAUACAUUAAAAUUAAUAAUAUGUGUCAAAACACUUGCAUUAUCAUACGCAAUAUAUUGCAAAGGAAAUGAAACGAACGGCCGGUUAUAUUGGCUAUUAAUAUAUUAAUGUAUUUGUAUUUUGUACCAAUGUAUUUUCGAAUUUUGUUCAUUGCAUCCCGAAAACUGUCUAAAUUUGGGAGAAUGUGAUACCCGCAUCCAUAUGUACCGUCUCCGUUUCACAUAUUUUGCACGUUUGUACGACCUAACAAAUUUACGUUCGGCAGGGAUAACUUUGUGCUGUUAUUUAACUUAAAGAUACGAACAUUGACUGUGCACCGUGGGCGAGAUUUGUUCGGUAUUUUAAUUUUCAUGUGACAUAUAUGCAUUAGGUAUUAAAUGUUUUCAAUUAUUGUAAUAUUUCACGUACUCCCAUCUCUCUUAAAAAUUAAAAUAUCGAAAAAUAGCGUCGAAAUUUCACAGAUAUUGUUAUUGUAUUUAAGUUUGAUAAUGAGUAAAUUCACUAUAAUAUUAAAAUUAAUAGCGCAAAGUAGUUCCUGCUGAACACAAAUUUGCUAUGAUGUUGGUACACGUUUGUAAGACCACUUAAUAAUGAGGUGGGAAAAUAAAUUUCGCUGAUGAAUAUUAAUACAAAUGUCAAUUAAAAUAAAAUAUUAAAAACAAUAAAACGCAAUAUUAACUGUAAACAAUCACUUUUACACAAAAAUGCGAUGCGCAUAUCGUGUAAUAUACGAAUGAUUACAUUUUUCCCGCUAGUAAAAUAUUAAAAUGACAGAACACUCGAGAAACACCUGUGAAAAUUGAAAAAUUACAUAUCCUACGCGAAAUGUGUUUACUGCAGCUUUCAAACAAGAUUAUUUAAAAUAAAGUGUCAGACAAUAAAAAAAAAAUAAUAAAAAUAAUAAAUAGUAUGUCUAAAGACGACGUUUCACUGGAAAUUUAAUAAUAUAAAAUACGUGCCUGUAGGGAGGCGUUAUGACUUCAAUUUUCCUCCUCCAUCCUGGUAACGUCUUCGACAACUACUUACUUUCGAUGUAUUUGAAAAGUAUAAAUUGAUAUCUUUAUGAAAUUACCUAUUUUUUAAUAUCGUAAAACAUAAAUGAUUUUUCAAUUUUGAUGUCAUAUUUAUUGAUUUUUUUUCUAUAGCAGAAUGGUGGUCUUAUAAUAUAAUGUAAGUGAACCAAAUUGAAAAUAAAAAUCAAUUUUUAUAUUAAAUCCCAAAUGUAACAAAAACGCUAUUUUAGUGUUUUAUUAAAAUGUGUUUUUUUUUCGCGGAAAACAGAUCUUCGAUUCGUAAAACCACUCGAAUUUUUUAAAAGAUGUGAAUUUUAUAUAUUAUAUAGAUUACAGUCUGUUAUUCCAUAAAGAAUUAAAAAACCGACAACAAUGAUACAACAGUUUUUGUUUUUUAUAAAUUCCGGGUUACCUUGACUACGUAUACAAAAUUAAGAUGCGAAGAUAGUGUAAAAGCAUAUGUAGGGAAAGUUAGAAAGUUAAACCAGUAAUGGAAUGGAAGGAAAUAUCUGGAAAACUAUAGGAAACAAAUCGUCUGGAUGAUAAUGGUCUUAAAAAUCGAACCCGCGAUCGAAGAACAAGAUAAUAUAGAACUAGGAGAAAAACACGACUUAUAUACUGAUAACUUUACCGGUGUCACAGUAUUACCUCGGUAGGUAUAAAUCGCCUGUAGGAAAAAUUGCCGACAGUAACAGGCGAUUUGUACCUCGCAUGUAUGAAUACCUCGGUAGAUAUGAAUCGUCAAAAUUAGAUAAUGAUUUGUAUCCUUAUAGAUAGAUACACGUAACUUCUUGUCACCGCACAUUAACGCUGACCGUCGUAGAUGAAUAUCACGUCACAGGAAUGAUAAAUAGUUAAAUUAUUUGAUAUUGCUAUUUUAAAUAAAUCAAUAAACCGAAACAUUAUCUAUACAUUUGUUAUAAAUACGAGUUUAUACAAAUUAUGUAUAACAGGGAUAUUUAUACAGAAAGGACAGCGUCACGUUCACAGGCGAUCGAACUCAUUCAAUUGUCAAAAAAUAAACUUCUAAAAUUAUACAACGUGUUUCGGAUUUCCAAAUCAGUGGUAUAUUUAAUUAUAUAGAUAUUUCAAAAUAAAAAUAUAAGUUAUAAUUUUAUUUUGUAGGUUCUGUUAUACUCAUGCCCCAUAUUUCAUUUAACUUUACCUGUGGUUGGUCAUAUUUUAUAUUAUUACCUACUUUUGGCGGUUUUUAUCCACCAAGGUAAUAAUACAUGUGGGGUACCGAGAUUCAUUCAGAAUCGUUUUUUGAUUACAAUAGUUUAUCGUUGCUUCCAGUAGGUAUAUGUAAAUUAAAUUACUUUAAAUUUCUAUGUAAUAAACGUUCCAAAAUUCCCAGCUACAAUAGAAUUGGCCUACCCACGGUGCAAAGUCAUCGCACGUAGACAAAAAAACAAAACAAAUUAAAAUAGGUCGUACACCUACAAUCUACAUUAUUAUAGACUUUAAAUUCUUAACCUAUUGACUUUCUGAGACGUUUCUUUUUGUCCUAAAAAUUUUACUAGAUAGUUACUUAUUUUUGGGUAAUUUUUUUUCAAAUUUUUAUAUGAUAUGAUUUGUUUUGAAUAUUUAAUAAUAAUUGAUAAUAUUUCACAAGAUUACAGUUUCCGGUUAAUUUAAAAAGUAACCCGCCUAUAUUAAAUUAGGAAAUCUCAUGAAAUUGCAUCAAAGCUGGACAGCUAAUUAAAAGGUUAAGUUACAAGUUUUAAUAAACAUAAUGUUAACUUUACUUAGUAAUUUGGUUAAAAUUUGAGCUAGUUAAAGUUUAUUUCUGAAUUUAAUUUUCGAUGACAUUGGCGUAGGUACUAGGUAUUUCGUAAAUACCAUUAUUGCAUAAUAAAAUAGCCAUUUUAAAUUAAAAUAUAUUCCGAAAUACGUUUAUGAAUGCUAAAAAAGCGAGUUAAUAAUUUUCUGAAAUUCUGUAACUUAACUUCAUUAUUCUAAUUCAUUUACAUAAUGCUCUGUCUUAAGAUUCGAAUCAAAAUUGAUACAUCCGCCGUUUUUCUCCGUUUACACAUAUACAGACAGUGAUUUCAUGAAUGAAUGUCCGACUUUAAUAAUAAUUACUCAUGACUUCCUGACUUUCUACAUUCAAUUUUAAAAAAAAAAUACUUAUAUUGACUUACAGAAGUUAAAGUAACAUAUACCUAUCAAGCUCGCAGGGCUUACCGGAGCGAUCUAAGACAAGUCGCUAUAAAUAUUUCGACGUUUAAGAAAGGUGAAUGAAUAAAACAAACAAAAAAAAAAAAAAUAAAAAUGCUAUCCAAAUCCAAAUAGGUUUUACAAUUGAACAAUUAUUAUAUUUUACCUACAUACUGUGAUACUUAAAAAUCAAUCGUUUAUUUUAAUAUUUUGUUGUAAAUAUACUUAUCUCAGGAAAAAGUGAAAAAUUUCAAAAAAAAACAAAAAACAAAAUAAUUUUCUUUUUUUAUAAUAUGUAUUCAUAAUGUAUGUACGUUCAAUAUCAAAGACAAGUAACAAUAAUUAUUGUUGAUUUAAUUUUUAACUGACGUCUUUUUAUUAGGUAAGGUAUUGCCUACCAAUAUAAUAGACAAUGCAGUUUAUUGGCUGAAUCAAAGAAUAAUAUUGUUAAAUCGAAAUAAUUAUUAAUUAUCGCUGAUUUUUUUUUUUUUUAAUCAAUCUAAUAAUAGGUAGUACACCACCUACCUAUGCGUAACGAUAAUAUUUUAUUUGUCUAUUGCCUGAUUCAUCGAUUGGGUUUAAUGUUUCGUGUAUGAAAAAUAUGAAUUUAUCGAAGCAAGUAUACGUAUACUGGACUAAAUGACCGACUUGGGUUAUUAAAUCGUCGUUACAAAACCAAAUCGAUAGGCACCUAAUUAAAAAUCUAAUUCGUUGUAAAAAUAGAACGUUCGUAUUUUAUAGUAUUAUAUGUUAUGUGCGCCGCGAUCGAACAAUCAAAAUUAGAACGUAGUUUGUCUAAAGUCCGUUUAAACAAUCUAAUAAAUAAUACAGUAUAAUUACUGUAAGUUAAAUGCUGUUUUGUUAUUAAAUGGUAGUAUUUCGAAGAAGAAUAUUAUCGGGCCUCGUUAACAGUCGUUAACAUUUGUUUUUCCUAUUAUACCUCUCGCGUAGUGUAGCAACAAAAGCAUUCGGCAUUUCCACGAUUCUGACCCUCUGCAUUUUAUGCAUUUUAUUCACUACUUACUUUUGUAGUAUUUUCAUUUUGCAUAAUUACAAGUUAAAUUAAAGAGAAAAUUAAUUUACGUAUAUCUUCAUAAAAAAUUUAAAUAUACAAAUCAGUAGUAGGUGAAUAAGUUGCCGUAGCAUUUCGUGGAAAUACGCAAUAACUUUGUGUUACAUUACGCGGGAGACAGACAGAGAAAACAAAUGUUAGUGACGACUGACGAGGUCGUCACAGCAUUUGCUGUCUAUGUCUUCAUUCUAACGGGAAAAAAUAAAGUAAACAUGUGUUUUCAGAAUAAUAACGGUAGAUACUCGAAAACCUAUUAUAUUUUUUCAUGGGAGGAUUUUGUUUAAAUAUUGGAAAUUAAAAACCAAUUUUUUUUUGUUAAUGAUAAUUUAACAUUUUAGAUUCUAAGUAGAGCGAAGAAGCUUAUGAUUUUAUAAAGAUGUUUAUUUUUAUUUUAUUUUUUUUUUUUUAAAAAGACUUAAACUAAAAAGACCAGAAGACUUGCUCGGAUUUCUACGUGUAGCAUUUUUUCUGAAAGGAAAGCGGCGUGAGGAGGUACUUUAAGAGGAUGUCAUUUUUCGAUUUUCUCAGAAGUUUCUCAGUCCAUGAACACGCUUUUUCCUAGUAAACUUGCUCCGAUUUUUAUGUGGAGCAACUUUUAUGAAAGCUCAUGUUGUCUAGAUCGUCAUUUUUUGAUUUUCGACACUAUUUUUUAAACAAAAGCAUCUUAAGUGGGAAAAAACAUGGGAAAACGUACAAUUUCACGAUUUCAUUAUUUUAUAAAAACAUGUACGACGUUUUCUACAAUGAUUUAAUCGAAAAAUCAAAGAAUACCUUUUGUGUUGUCUUUUUGAUUUACUUUUUUACGGUAUCAUCGCUAAAACUUUUGAGUCACUUUUAAGCUUUUAAGGAAUUUUAAUUUUUGGUAGUUUUUUCUGUAAUUCGGUUAUAAAUACACGUAAAGAUUUGAAACUUGAUAAUAAUACUUAUAUAAAACUUACCUAGACGUGGUAAAAUUUCCAAAAACAUUGGACGACUUUUUUGACUCAUUUAAAUUUUUUUAAAAUGGUACUUUAUUAUUAUUUUUUGUUUUUAUAUACAUUCUGUAAACCACUUUUAUCCUAGAAAAUUUGCUCCGAUGUAUAAGCGUAGCACUUUUUUUUGAAAGUCAAUUUUAUCUACUUGAUAAAUACAAAGGUCAUUUUUUGAUUUUCGAAAUGGUAUUUAAAAUAAAACGAUUAACCGGGAAAAAUUACAAGAGACCAUAUUUUUCUUGAAUUUUUUUUUUUAAUAAACGUUUUAAAAUAAAAUUUAAACAAAAAUCACAAAAAAAAUUACGGUACUUCAGAUUGUGUAUUACCGAACUGCGCUUGGAAUUGUCUUUCGUCAGCAAUGGCUUAUCGUUGCUUACAAAUAUAAAUGAAAUAACCUUGUGUAUCCUACCUUUCCAACUUCCCACCUACAACAAUGGCUGCACCCGUUUCCAGUAUUAGCUCUUUUUUAUAAUGAAAAUAUCAUUUAAAAUAUGCAACGGUAAAUGAUUGUACACGAAAAACCAUUAUGGGCGCAGUUCGGUUAAAUAUGUUUUGAUUAACUUAAAUUUAUAAUUGCAUUAAUUCGUAGCUGUACAAAAUUAAUUAAAAUUAAAUUCUCGGUUUUUUUUUUUUUUUAAUACUUAACAAAUUGUCGAAUAUUAUUUAGGAACCACACCAAUUUUAUCCACAUAAAUCGGAAGUGAUAUUAUAGUACGUAAAUGUCAUGAUUUUUAUGAUUUUUAACAAAAUUCUUUCAAACGAUUAUACGAAAAAUUAGUUCAUUAUGCUCGACUUUUUUUAUUUAAUACUACAAGUGCAACAAUUAUAUAAUAUUAAUCUUGAAUGAAAUUUCCGAACAUUUUUGCUAAGACAAAAAAAAUUAUUCUCCACGUAUUAAUUGGGAAAUAGUACAAGAAUAUAAAAAUAUAACCAACAAUAUUAUGUUAUACUUUUAACUAGGUAUAAUAACAAUGGUAAAGUAUAAAAUCAAUAAUUUAAAAGGUUUUGGAAACGUAUAUAAUAUAAUAAAAGUUUGCUGUCGUGCGUUAAAGAUUUUAGGCUUUGUUAUUCGCACGUCAAAAUAAUUCAAGCUCUCUAGUUCUCUUUAAGCUGUGUACUGCUCUCUUAUACGAUCUGUUUUGGAGUAUUCUUCUAUUCUUUGAAAUUUAUAUACUGAAGCGGACUUUUCUCUUGUUGAGCGAGUCCAGAGACGUUUUUCUUCUGUUUCUUUCAUUUUAGAAAUUCCUCACCCACCUCAUGACUAUAGCCCAGUAAUGAAUAAACUUGAUCUUACGUCUUUAGCAGAUAGAAGAGUUGAAGUGAAUUUGGUAUUUUUGCGUAAGUUGAUUGAUGGUCGUCUAGAUGCUUCCUUUCUCCUUUUUUGAAUAAAUUUCAGAGUUCCUACUCACUCAAUCAGAUGUUAUUCUUCUUUUGCUAUUCUUUUUCACCACACCAACUAUGGUAAAAAUAAUCCCAUCUAUCGUAUGAUGCGUCUAGCUAAUGAGCACCUAAGCUUCUCCUAGAUUGGUUAUUGUACUAGUUUUUUGGUUCAUUACUGCCACCUGUUUUUAAUAUUAUUUUGUCUGCAACUAUUUAUUGUGUUAUAUUAUUAUAUUUUUUUUUUAAUAAGUUUAAUUAUUUCUAUACAUUGUUGUAAUUUAAUAUACUUUUAUAUUGUGUUAUUUACUGUCAUAUUGGGCACCUAGCCCUUAAAUCAUAUACAAAUAUAAAUACAAAUACAUAAUGUUUUGAUAAUAUUUGAAUUUUUUAAAAACAUUUUGUUUUUUCCAGGACUGUGUUAUUCCGAACUCGCCAGCAGAAUUCCCAAAGCGGGAUCGGCCUAUUCAUAUGCUUACAUCGCCGUUGGCGAAUUAGCAGCUUUCAUAGUUGGAUGGAAUCUCUUACUCGAAUACACGAUAGGUAUAAAUUACAUUACAAGAUACUUACAAUAUUAUUCAAACUAAAGAUUACGAGAAAAAUGAUGAUCAAAAUCAAUUUUAGAUUUGUUUAGAUAUUUGUUAUUUUUCCUCAUCCUAUGAUCUUGUUUUACUCGUCACAGCAUACUUGAAGUACAGUAAGUAUAGAAAAUGUCGUUCGAUUAAAGACUCAACAUCCAAACAUUUAUUUAACAUAGGAAUAGAUAGAGUGUCACAGCCCUAGUCAUAGGUAUUUUUUAAAACUCUGUGACAUGGCCUAUACUAUUUUUUCGUAAAUUCUAUUCAUCCAUUUGUACAUCAAUUCGUUCAAGAACAAAUUGCUAUAUAAUAGACAUGCAUAAAUAUACAUAGAAUGCAAACAUAAAUACAUACAUAGAUGUCUAAUAUCAACUGUUAAUGCCUUUAAUAACUUAUUAACCUAAUUAUGUGUAAUUUCUAUACUAUAACUUAUAAGCUAUUGUAAUUUUAUAUUUUUACAAAUUCAUUUUUGGUAAUGACUUCUGUUAUUUCAAAUGUUUAAUGUUGUAUGUUCAAAAGGGCCCAGCCCCAUAUAACUAAAAUAAAAUAAAAUAACUGUAACUACUGUCUUCAUUUUGACGAUCAAUUGGUUAUGAUCGUUUUCCUCCGCAGCUCUUCAAAUAAAUAUGUACGUAUCUAUAUCGAAAUAUUUUAGAAUCACAUGCCACAUGCCACAUGCUACAUUAAUGCAUGUAGCAAGUAUAGUUUAUCUAUACAUUUUUUAUACGGACUUAUUAAUUGAGGAAUUCUAUGUUUGAUAUCGUAAGCCUAAAAUGUUUGUUGAUUUAAUAUUAUAUAAUUAGAGUGGCAGUCUGAUAAAUUUUUAUAAAAUCGGUGAUAACGAAUUUAAACUUGAUAUCAACUAUUAUUCAUCUACUUUAAUAUAUUUUUUUUUAUGCAUUAAUUUAAUUUUCGACGAUAAAUAGUUUUAUCUCUUUCAUAAUCAUUUCAUAUAGGAACGAGUGAUUUUUUUUUUCAUUAUUUUGUCAUGAAAUUCAGCACUAAUAUACAGUUACACAUUUUUUUGAAAAAUAUUUGUAUCCUGCGUUGUUUUUCCGAUGAAGUAAAGACAAUAGAUACUUAUAGAAUUUUUGUCCAAUCGUUGUCAGUUCUUGAAAAUGUAUUUUAAAAAUAGUACAAAUUCAUCGAAAUCCCUAAUCAUCAUUAGUAAUAUAAAACAAUUUGAAAUGUGUUCUUGGCAUUAUGUAACGGCGUGUUUUUUUUUCGUUAAACGUAACCGAUUUAGUUCAGUCAAUACAUAAUGACAUUUGAUUAUAGACACCGUCAACUUUUGAAUUAAUUUUAUACGUAAUACAUAUAUUUGAUUAUAGCUUAUAAGUAUCCGGACUCUUUCUUUUUUUUUUAUCGACCAUCCUUUUCAGAUACUAUAUCAUAUAUUAAACCUCAACACUGUAGGUUUCUUGUUAGGCACAUCGAGAACAAUCGGAUUUAUAAUCCAAUUGAACAUCGGGUUUAUUAAACGUUACAUCAUUUUUUUUAUCUUUUCUAUUUUUUGAUUAUGAUUGACGAACUUUGACGAGUCAUUAAUAUUUUUUGGGUACACGUGAUGUUAAUUUCAAUCACCUAGCACCCGAAUAUCGUGAAUCAAACCGCAUCUGUAUCGAAUAUCUGUGUUCGCAGUGUAUAACUAUAAUAUCUACUUGGGAUUAUAAUUUAUAAUAUUAAUUAAAAAAUUUAAGUUUUUCUGUACAUCGAUAACAUUGCCAUUGCACAUUUGUAAUCUCUUGAUUGAAUAAUAUUAUUAUUAUUUUAUUUUUUUUGCUGAGUAUAAGUAAUUUAGGCUGAAAUCACUGCCCCUCUCCAUGUUUCUCGAUUUCCUCUAUUCACCAUUAUUCAUUCCUAAUAUAUUUAUAUCUUUCUGAUUUCUAUAUAUCCAUUUCUGUCUUUCUUGGACGGUCCAGUGGUUUUUUGAUUUUGUGACUUCCAUGAUUAGUUGUCUUUCUACACAUGACCCGCUCAGCUUAUUUUCCUGAAUUGUUCUAUCAUCUUACUUCCUGGUUGUCCUUCAAUCCUUCGUUCAUAUUCUCUGGUCUCUCCAAGGACCAACUCUAAUUUAAUUGAAAAUAUAUAACUAUAUUAUACCGAUUAUAUUAAUAUUGUUUAUUUAUAUUGUUUAUUUAUUAUACAGGUGGAGCCAGCGUGGCCAAAGGUAUGAGCCUGUACUUAGAUUCGCUGGGCAACAAGACGAUGGAAACAUUUUUCAGGAGCAUAUACGAAAUCGACUUGCCGUACUUAUCACAAUAUUUCGAUUUUACUGCGAUGUUCAUCGUUUUUAUAUUCAGCGGUAAACAAACAAAAAAUACAUUUCAUAUAAUAUCGAUUUUAUGACAUAAUAUAGACAAUCGCAUCAUGUUGGUACUUACUAAUAUUAAUUAUAGAACAAAUUUUAAUAUUAAUCGUAAAAAUAAAUACAUAUUGAAUUUAAUGAACUCUAUAAUAGUUACCAUAAAAACGUGAUUUGGCUUUCAGACUUCUAACAGCCAAUACAAACGGAUAAUGAAUAUAUAAUUUAAUUUGUUCAAUACGAUCUAUUAUGAUAAGGCUAACCAGAGGUUAAAACGUAUAAAAAAAGUAAAACCAAAAACGAUAACGAAACUUGUAUUUUAUACACAAUAAUUUAAACGUGCAAUUUUACAGAUAGUACGAUAACGUGAAGAUUAUGUACAGAUAUAUUAUGUAAGCAAAGAUAAACUAUUGCUAACGAAAAUCGAUUCGGAAUGAAGUUCGGUUAUACGCUUAUAUGUUUUUAAAGGCCGUAAUAUUUACGAUUUUCAUCAAAAUUUGAUAUUAAAACUCUUAAAAAUAAAAAAAUUUAAAAAAAAUACUACAUUACAAUUAAUUUUUUUUCACAGCUAAGUACAAUUUGUAAUUAACCUUUUGUUAAAUUGUCAAGCAUUUCUGUUUGGUUACACGAUUUUAUCUGCAGAGUACCUACUCUAAAGUACCUACUAAAUAAAAAUUACAUAAAAUCUGGCAAAAUUAAAAUGUCUAUAAAUAGCUCAACAAUUGUUAAAAUGUUUUGAACAUUUUACCAAAUCUUAAAAGGCAAAUAUAAUUUUUCUAUCAAUUCAAAUUUCAAGUCUCUACGAAUAUUUUUAACUGAAAUCAUUAAAAAAACAAAAUGUAAAAUAAUAAAAUAAUUAUUUUCGUGAAUUGUUCUGUUCUUUUUACGUUUAUUUCAGUUUUUCCUAACUAUUAAUAAAACUACAAAGAAAAUCAAAACACGGUUUUCUUACUCACCAAUUAGAUUAAAAGUUCAACAAAAAAAGGUCUCUUGUAUUUUUUCUAUUGAGCUGUAUUUAAUGGUAGAAAACAUCAUGUAUACAAAUUUAAAUGACAAUUGGUAACGCCGGAAAUAUUUGCUGUUUUACCUAUAAUUAUCUUUCGGGUUUUUCCUAAUUAUUUUGAAAAUUUAAAAAUAACCUUUAAUUGCACAAAUGAGAUAAAAUUUUCCUCCAGAAGAGGUGCUACACUUGAUGAAUAGGAUCAAGUUUUCUUUUCGAAAAAAUAUUUAAAAAACACGGUAAAACCAAUAGAUUCCUCGCUAUGCUUCGAAUCUAAAAAAACAAUUACUCAUCAAUAUCUUGCAAAUUUGUUAGUAUUUAUUCUCACAGGUUUCCCCAAUUUUCAAUUUAGUUUUAAAAACUACUUGUAACUCCAUAUGCUACCUAUAUACCUAAGGUUCAACCUACGGUCAUUUACACAACACUUUUUUGUUUUAGAAAAUUAUAGUAUCUGUGACUAUUUGUUCAUCUGCCAGUAGAGAAUUGAAGCUAAUUUUGUGUAGCUAAGUGGCUUCAAGUAUCUUUUUGAACAACUAGUCUGCUAUUUUUCUAGUUGAUGUCUGAACAUCGAUGCAUUGUGUAUAAACGGCUAUACUUUAUUCGGGAUAAGAUUGAACCUCUCAAACGAAGAAAACGUGUCGCGUUCGUACAUCUCUACCACUAGACUGCCCUUACCAAUUGCGCUUAUUCCCUGUAAAUAUGACGGUGGCAGCGACCAAUCACAGGAUGCAUAAUGCCAGUUAUGAGGGUAGAGUAUAGAGGGCCGGACCGGCGUGGUACACUGGUACAGUUAUUCGGAACUAAUAAGAAUCAUUUUCGGUUGCAUAUUAAUAUCCUUCACACGAAAAUAUAAAAGUCUACCCAACGUGGUUUUAUAUAACAAAACAGAGCUUAUACUCUCUAUUAAUUUCAUCCAUUCGCUUCGCUUCGUCUAGGGCCUUUUAUGUUUAAAUAUCUUAAUAUAUUAUAGUAUUAUAAAUUAUCGGUUAGUUAUUAUUUAUCAUUAUCAUUAUUUGUCCAUAUCAUGUUCGAAUAGCUGUACCCAUUGCGUCUGAAUUCGUUCGGAAGCUCAGACUGCAUGCGUGAAAGCAAUUCAUUCGUAUCAUGAAUAGAGUAUACCUAAACAAACAAUUAAUCCAACUAGCUGUUUUACUGUACUGUCUACAAUCUACGGGUAGCCGAAUAUUCUUUAAUACUAGAAAGACAGCGACCAGCUAUUAGUACUGCUAGUCAACUUUAAUAGCUAGUAAAAAGUAUCGUGUAAAUAAUCUCCUCGCGAAAGUAAUGUUGCUCCGUGAAAAACGUCUCUGAGGAAAAAAUGAAAAAAGGGAAAGAAGUUCUAAUCAAGAAAAAUACCUACACAUCACGAAGUUUAAUCGUACAUCUAUAUAACAAUAAUACACCACUCUCGAUUCACUACACAAAUUCAUAUUUUCAAAAUCUGUCUUAAGUAAAUAUCAAUGCAAAUAAUAUACUUUUAUUAAAGACAAAUAUAAAAUAAAUAUACGCGUAUAUAUUUCAUAAUACAAGUCAAUAAUAAAAUACAUCCGUUUUUCAUAAAACGUGAGUUUUAUGCGACUCGAGAGAUAAUAAUAAAUAAUAUUAUUUAUUCAAAUAAUCUGUUUUAAAUUGAAAUACGUUGGUUUACACAAUAAAUUGUUCAUUGUUAGCAGUGAAAAUAUUUUUAUUGUAUUUUCUAUGUAAUAUAAUUAAAUAAAUAAAGGAUGUUUUUUAAGAUAUCUAUAGCGUUGAAAAAAAAUCCAAUAAAUUGAUAGUUAACAAAAUGUAAUAGUAGAAAUAUAUAGGGAGAUCCGACAAUAUUGUAAUUAUAUAUUAUGUUAAAAAUUGUGAUAUAUAUAUAUAUAAUAUUUUAGUUUCUAAGCGAAGCAAGGAAUGUGUUGGUUUUACAAUGAUGUUUAUUUUUUUUCUGUAGACAACUUUUCUACCAGCAAUUUCGCUUCAAUUUAUAUAGUAUAGUACUUUUUCUGAAAGGAAAUCUAACUGGGGUGGUACUUUAAGGAAAUUAUUGUUGGAAAAUGUACGAAAUGUAUUAAUUUCAAAUCGUAAAUACUAUGGCCUUUUAAAUUAUGCGUAACCGAUUUCCGCUCUGAAUCAUUUUUCGUUAACAAAAAUUAAUCGUUGCAUAAAGAUAUAUAUUAAAUUCCCCUCUAUAAAUUUACAACAAUAGCCCACCCAUUGUGCGAAGUAUAAACAUCAUUUUUAUUUCUUUUUAAAUCAGAUAAAACCAAAAAAUAUAACAAUGAUAAAACAUAAACCAAUGCGGUUUUAGUUAUUUUUUUUAUUUAGAAAUCACAUUUAAAAUAUUUUUGCAGUAUUCGAACUCUCAAAUUUCUAUUUAAAUUAUUUAAUUUAAAUUAAACAUCUAUUUUAUAUGAUAAUUGAUAAACGAUGUUACUUUCAAUUAAUCACUAUAGCAAUAAUCGCAAUGAAGAAAUAGUAAAAAUUAAUACUCGACAUUUUUUGAAAUAACCGGUUUGAAAAUAUAUUUUCAAAAGACUAAGAAUAUGAAUUUAAAACGUAACAUUUUAUAAUUUUUUACUGUUUGAGAUCAAAGCACAAAACAUUAUAAAAAAAAUAAUUGAAAUAUUUUUGAUUAUUUCAAAUUCAAGUGUAUCGAAGAAAAUGUACUCUAGUUUUUUCUCCCUUUAGUAUAGAUAUAAUUGAAUACAUAUAUCAUCAUAAAAUCUGAAAAAAACUAUAAUUUUUUAAUUUUAAUUAUAAAUGACGUUAUGAAGUCAAUUUUCUCAUUUACCCGUUUACGAGAAACAUCUGCAUACCUUUUUAAUAAUUCGAACGUUUCUACAAUAAACUCGGUUUUAAUAAAACUGAUAACAUUUUCCUACACAUUUACAUUUGCCAUCACUUGUAACCUCUAUAUUAAUUUAUGUUUUAUUGCAUUAAUUAAUAUAAUGGCUAAAUUUAAAUAUCGACCUUAUAUUCGUCGAAUUACAUAAGAUUAGGUAUUGAUCGUAUGUUCAAAAAUAUAAUCCCACUCUUAAUGAAUGAAAAUAAAGGCAUAGUAAUUUUUAUUAUUUUUUUUGCAAACUUAUUAUAACAGCAUACGAACAUAAUUUAAUCAUCCCAUGGUUUGAUAAAAUUACAUUUUAACUUGACCUUAUAAAGAUAAUUUAGAUUUAUUUAUAUGGACACAUUAGUGAAAUAAUUGAUCUAUACAGUGUUCCGCGACUGUGACGCAUCUGAAGCUCAUUUAAUUCUUUGACGGUUAUACUAUAUUAAGUUCUGAGUGGAGAGAGGCAUGUAUUGGUUGUACAAUGGUGUUUAUUUUUUUUCUGUUAACAACUUUUCUACCAACAAUUUUGCUCCGAUUUUCAAGUGUAACACUUUUUCUGGAAAGAAAUCUAACUGGUGUGGUACUUUUAGGAGAUCGUUUUUGAUUUUUCCAGGGGUUUUCAUAAUAAAUGGGAAAACCAGGAAAAAAUGUAGGAAGAACCGAAAGAUUUACGAUAUGUAUUAUUUUUAAAUCGUAAAUAUUACGGCUUUUCAAAACAUGUAUAACCGAUUUAACUCAGAAUUAUUGUUUUUCGUUAACAGUGAUUAAUCGUUGCGUAUAGAUAUACAUUCAAUUUUCCCUUUACCUUCCCAACUUUUCACCUACAAAAAUUAGCCCAUCCAAAGAAUAAAUGUAUUGUAUGACGAUAAGAAAGGCUAGUCAUAGCAAUUUCAUAUAUAUAUAGUUGUUGGUAAAAAAGUACAACCUAACAAAAUUAAAUUUAAUAUAACCUGAUGUUAAUAACUGUUUUUUUCAUCAGUGUUAUCAAAGCAACCCAUAAGUUAAUAAAAAUGAUUAGUUUUCUACCAAAAAUACUUUAAACCGUUUGGAAGGGAUGGGGUAGGUAGUGGGAAUAUCGAUAUAUACUAAAAGUAGCCUAUGAUACUUCACGGAUCUUGCUGAAUCAAUAGACGCACAAUUUUAAUGAAAAUCUAUCAGGUAGUUCCAGCGAUUAACACCUACAAUCUUACUUUUUCUCUUCUUAAUAAUAUAGAUUUUAAAAUUUAUCUUUAAAUAUAUACUGAAAUUUUCUAGUUGCACGUCCUACCCACUUUUGGUUCUAAUUUUCCUAUAUGUAAUGUAAUAUUAUGUUUUUUUUUUCAGUUGGGCUGGCUUGUGGUCUCAAAGAUUCGGUUCGUCUCAACAAUUUGUUCACGUUCCUUAAUUGUGCAAUUAUGGUUAUUGUCAUCGUCGGCGGUUCCUUUCACAGUACGAUAAAUUAUUUAUAUUUUCUCCUGCAAAACGGGGUAUAACCGUUAUUUUUUUUUCUAGUCAAUUUCAAAAACUGGUCAUUGCCCAAAACGUCUGUGCCUAAUUGGGCCGGGAAAGGAGGCUUCUGGCCAUACGGAUUACAGGGUGCCUUGAAAGGUGCAUCCACGUGUUUUUAUGGGUACGUUGGUUUCGACUGCAUAGCAGCUUCCGGCGAGGAAGUGAAAAACCCGCAGAAGGCAUUACCGCUGGCCAUCAUAUUGUCGCUUUUUAUCGUGUUUCUCGCCUACUCUGGCGUGUCGGCCGUCCUCACCCUCAUGCUUCCGUACUACGCACAAGUCAGUAUGAUAUUUCAUUAAUAAUAAGUGGAAAGAGGGAAACAGAACGCGGGGGUAAGGGAAUUAGGAAAUACAUCUUAGCGCGUAACAAUAACCUUGAGAUUAAAAAACAACAGGUAUACUUUGCAUGAUGGGUGGGUCACUGGUAUAGCUGAGAAUUUGGGAAGUUCGAGGGGAAAUUGAAUAUAUAUAACAUGUAUAAAACGAUUAAUCAAUGUUUAAUGAAGCAAUGGCUAACUAAAAACGAUUUUGAGUGGUGUUAGGUUGUACAUGUUUUGAAAAGCCGUAAUAAUAUUUACUUUUUGAUAAAAAAAUAAACAUCUACAAUGAUGUUUAAUUUUAAUCCAAUACAUUUGUCGCUUCGAUCAGAAUCUAAAAUGUAAAUAUAUGUAUAGGAUCCAGACAUGCCAUUGAGUCAUGCGUUCGAUGUCAUCGAAUGGCCGUUGCUCAAAUGGACAAUCGGGGUGGGAGCAAUUUUCGGAAUGUGUGCCUGGUAAGCGUGGUAUAUAAAAAUUACGUACGCUAUAAUCUUUAAAAACACCCAUUAACGGAUUUUAUUAACGAUUUUAGCAUGUUCGGUUCCAUGUAUCCACUGCCCAGGAUUCUAUACGCUAUGUCAAACGACGGUCUCAUAUUUAAGAGUCUAGGAAAAGUACAUCCCAAGUUCAAGACUCCAUUCUUCGGCACAAUAUACGCCGGACUGUUAACUGGUAACUAACUAUAAACAUACCACGAUUAGAUUAUUAAAUUUCGUAAAAAAUAUCGUGAAGUUUUAUAAUCGCCCAAUCUACAUCAAGAAAAAACUACUGCCCGUUCAGUUUGUAUACAACAGUCAUGUUUUUAUGUUUUGUUUUACUGUUCUUUAGGAUGUCUAUCGGCAAUAUUAAACCUCAAGCAACUAGUGGACAUGAUGACGAUAGGUACCCUGCUCGUAUACGUCAUGGUUGCGGUAUGCGUCCUGUACACUAGGUAUAUUUUAUAGUUACGUUUGAAUUCAUCCACUGAUUAUGCGACAGGUUCAAAAUUAUAACAGGUAACAUAUUCUUAAAUCCGCAGGUACCGAGAACCCAACGACAACGACCACGAGAUGCUAGCCGACGAAUACAUCGAAUCCACAACGCUAACCACGUUGCAAGUCCAAUACACAAAAAAACAAGUGCUCAAACAAUUGUUCAAUUUAAAUCGGUUCGUGCGAUCCAACAGCCUCAGCAGUUACGUGGCGUCUUUUCAGACCACGUGUUUCAGUAAGCCAAAAAAACAGACAUUUUAAACAGACCCAACAAUGAAAAAAUAAAAUCACAAUAUCCGUUAAUAUGAUCCCCCACUUUUUUUUCAGCCAUACUCUGUUUGCCACUCGGUCUCUACCUGAGUCAUUGGUAUGAGCUGGACCGUACCAAUUGGAUAAUCGUACAGGGUUUGAUCAUUGUGAUGUUUAUACAACUCGUAUCCAUCUCUAUGCAACCGGAGUCCAAAACACCAGUAACGUUCAAAGUAAACAUUACACUUUUUAUCGACAACGUUCCAUUAAAUUACAAUUGUGUAUUCAACGUCGAAAUCGUUAUAUUUAUUUUUUGAUACUUUUAACAGGUGCCGCUCGUACCACUCACGCCAGCACUGAGUAUAUUUAUAAACGUUUAUUUAAUGUUCUUUUUCGACAUCUACACUUGGGUGAAGUUCAUAAUUUGGAUGGUUAUCGGUUAGUAAAUUUGAUCAAAUACUUUACUUGAUUACAUCAAAUACGCAUGGUUAAUCAAUCAUUAUUGUUACGCACACUGUCGUAUUUAUAAGAUUUCGAUUUUUUUUUUUCCAAAAUCACACAUUUCAACAUUUGUGAAAACUGAUAAAAUCCAGCAAAAUGUAUACCUAAACUAUACCUGUAAUUGAUAAUACUAGUGUUUAUGCAUUAAGUUAUGUUUUAUCAGUUUGAUGUUAAUAAUGUUAUUACAUUUUUUCCAUAGGCAUCGCAAUUUAUUUCGGUUAUGGCAUCAGACACAGCAAAGAAAACAAUCAGAAUAUAAAUAUUGUAAACACUAGCUUGUCGAAAUCAUCGUUAAACGUAGAUUAAAAUAAUAUAAAUACCUAUAAAUUUGCUUGUUUUUAUAUGUAUGAUGUAUAUAUGUAUAAAUAUACGACACACCUACAUGUAUACAAAUUGUACGAUAUUAAUAUAAAUAAAUAUUUCUGUGUGUGCAAUAAGUCACACAAUGUUUUUUUUCUUUUUUGUAUUUUUCUUUAAAAAUAUUAAAUAACAUUUAUACAGAAAUAAAACCUAUAAUUACCUAUCGCUUAUGUUGUUUUUAAAAAUUGAAUUACAACUAAAAACACGAACAACUAAACACAAUUUUAACUGUUUUAAAGAUUGUAUUUUACAAAAUGCAUAAUUUUAUAAACAUAUUUUGGUGUUACUGUUACAAAUAUUUACUAAUGAUACAGUUUCUAUCAAUCGAUUCACCAAUUUUCUUCAAUGAAAUUGUUCAAAAAAUAAUUGUGUUCAUGAU